UACCUGAUGACCUCCACUUAAAUGAUUCUGCCAGAGUUGACCUUGAUGUUAGUGCUACAAGAACCACUCGUCACAUCUUAGUGCCGCAACCACGCGAGCUAAAGGAAAGGACUCCAUGUCGUCUUGCCCUUGAGGAGAAAGUUUCAGGCAACAACAUUGUCGUGGCGGAUGGUAUGGUACAACCCUCAGAUGGUGCAUUGCCCCAACAUUUUACAUCGAUGAAGCCUGGUCACUAUAAAGUCCAAGUUGAUUUUGUUUACGACGGACAUGUUGAUGAUAUUCUUCCGGUACCUACGGGAGAUGGUUUCACUAACUUAGGCGGUGCUCUGGGUAGUUUUGUGCAAUGGCCCAUACACUUAGUGAUUUUCGAAGACGGCGAGGAUUGUAUUUCACCUCCUAAAAAGAAGUCCAAGUCUAAUGUUUCUAAAGAGAGGGAUGGUAGCUCCAAGAAAAAGACAACGGUGUUAGCGGCCCAAAAGAAGACAACAGACUUACCAUCCAAGGUAAACCCUCUAAAACUCAUUCGAACCUAA